GACAGUUGUUCCCGACGAAUUGUCUUUCCGGGCAAUCCCGCCUGAUCGCUGACAAACCCGGCUGAAUGGAUUGCCUCUAGAAUUGGUCGCCUGCCACUGGCUGUCACCACUGGCUGUCACCCUUACCCCGCGCCGACCAGGGAUUGCUCCCGUACUGUUUCCCUUCAUCUACAACACAGCUGGCUGCCAUGACAGAGAUAAUCAAACAGACGUUCCCAGCGUCGAAGUUGGGAGAGUAUACGGUCGUCGAGGAGAUUGCAGAGGGCACGUUUGGCAAGGUGAAGAUGGCGGUACACACCAUCACCGGCCACAAGGUCGCCAUGAAGUUCAUCUCAAAGCAGGUCAUCGCUGCGACCAAGACGAAGACGAGAGUGCAGCGUGAAGUCGAGUACAUGCGGGCGCUCAGACAUCCUCAUAUCAUCAAACUAUACGAGGUCAUUUCGACGCCGACGGACAUCAUCAUCGUGCUCGAAUAUGCCGGCGGCGAGCUGUUCAAUUACAUCGUCGACAACGGGCGCAUGGAGGAGCCCCAGGCACGACGGUUCUUCCAGCAACUAAUAUCUGGCAUCGAGUACAGUCACCGCCUCAAGAUUGUUCACCGAGACCUGAAGCCGGAGAAUGUGCUUUUGGACGCUGACCUCAACGUCAAGAUUGCCGACUUCGGUCUCUCAAACGAGAUCAAGGACGGCGAUUUCCUCAAGACAAGCUGUGGCAGUCCGAACUAUGCGGCGCCGGAGGUCAUCAGGGGCGGGCUGUACACUGGGCCCGAGAUUGAUGUCUGGAGCUGCGGAGUGAUACUGUACGUGAUGCUCUGUGGGCGUUUACCGUUCGAGGACGAGGACGUGCAGACGUUGUUCACGAAGAUCAGCCAGGGCGUGUACCAUCUGCCGUCAUACCUUACCCCUGAUGCUCGCAGUCUCAUCAAUGGCAUGCUUGCGGUCGAUCCGGUCAAGCGCAUAACGAUACCCGAGAUCCUGCAGCAUCCUUUCUUCACUACCGAUCUUCCUCGCUAUCUACAUCCCCUGCCUCGGCCGGAUCCCGUGCUGGGCACACUGUCUGCGCUCGUUACUCCUCCGCCGAAGGUCGUCGACUUCGAGAUCAUUGAGGGGCUGGGCCGCAUUGAGGAAGACGUGGUGGACGAGCUUGCUGCUCGGAUGGAGGGUGUAGAUAAGGAGGAUGUGUGGGAGUCAUUACGGCGAGACGACGGGCCUCAAGGCAAUGCGGUGAAGGUCGCCUACAUGCUCCUGAGAGAUAAGCGGAGGUUGGGAAGGGACUUGGCCGAAUUUGAAGAGCAGGAGCGGGAUGCGCAGCUGGCUGUAAGAGAUCCUCGCAAUCCUCUGUCACCGAAUGCCUUGUCACCAGCAGAGCUCGAGGAGAACCCGUUUGAGUCGGAAUUCAGCGGGUACGACGAGGACGACCUUGACGACGGGCUUGACUUCUCUACCCCUCAGAAUGAGGCCGAAAGUAAUAACUUCGCUGUGCUCAACUCAUCGCUUCCGGAGCAACUGCCCGAGCAACAUCAUCUUGCAUCAUAUGCAAGUGCGAAGCGGUCAUGGCCGGUGAAGGAGAAGAAGCAGAGAACGAAAUGGCACUUCGGCAUCCGCAGCAGGUCGCCGCCGAUGGAGGUCAUGCUUGAAAUCUAUAGAACAUUGAAGUCGCUGGGCAUGGAAUGGAAGUCGAAGAAGGAUCUCGGUGGACUCGGUGGAGUGAGGAGUGUGAGCGGCGAGAAAGCGAAGAUUUCCCGUGCCCCCGAGUAUGACACUCCCGCAAAUGUGGACUUCCGUGCGGCGUCGUCGAUCUAUUUUAUCGAGACGCGAGCGAGGGUACAGGAUGUGGUGGUACUCAUGAACCUUCAGCUCUAUAUGGUCGAUUCGAUCAAUUACCUCGUCGAUUUUCACCAUAAGAAGACGUACAAGGCAUCAACAGAGCCUGUGGCGGGUAAGUUCGACCCGGCGCAUUCCGAAUCAGUCGUCUCGGACACAGCAUCGUUGGAGUCCAGUCGCUCCACCAAGGAGUUCACCACCAGGGAAGACGAGAUUGUCUCCCCGUUCGUGUUCAUGGACGUCGCUUGCAGGCUCAUAUUGGAGCUCGCCGGCGGGGGAGAGUAAUCGGACAAUAUGCCCCCGGUGCGAUAUCGUGGAUGCGAUCUACCAGCGGUGCUGGUAUAUAGUACGCGAUCUUUCCGUUGCUGUCGAAUUGCUGUGCUUGUGAUGCUUAUUGGGUUACCCCCGUGGAGGAUAUGCUAUUAGCUCUUAUUUAGUAGAAGGCAAUGUAUGAUUACGGCAGAAGUUCCAGCAGGUCUUGUAUAGUGCAAUGCAACAAUUGUCGUCGACUCGUUCUCGUGCGCCAUG